AUGAAUAAUAAUAAUAAUAAUGUUUAUAAUCACACACAUAAUUUAGAAUCAAUUACAAUAUCAGAUAUAGAUAAUAAUAAUAAAAAUGAAAAAUUAUUUUUUUCAGUGUGGAGAAACAAGUAUCUAUUAAAUGAAAUACAAAGACACCACAGGUUAUAUAAUGAAAAUAAAAUAAUAAAUAUUAACAAGUCAAUGGAUCAACUUAGAUACCAUCCACACAGAAGAUAUGCAACAGAAAUUAUAAUUAAUGUUGGUGAACCAUUAGAACCACAUGGUCAAUUAAUACCCUAUGGUACAACCAAAUUAAAUUUCUUUGAUCGUUUUAAUAAACCAAUUCAAGCAGGCGAUAUUCCAACAACUGUCACUUCCUUGGAACUAGAUCAAGAUAUACCAAUUGGAACUUUCCCACUAUCGUUAACUACAUUAAAGCAAAAUAAAUUCAAUAGAACAAUUACACCUGGUUCAUUUGGUUCAAUUGUAAAUUUAUCCCUAGAAUCCUUCAAUCAACCUUUAAAAGAUGGUGAUUUACCUAUAACAUGUAAAUAUCUAUAUCUUGGGUCUUACAAUCAACCGCUCCAACCAAAUAUUCUUCCCCCAGAAUUAAAAGAAUUAAAAUUAUUACACUUUAACCACCCACUAUCAUACGGUGUACUUCCAGAAUCAAUCACUGAUCUAAACAUGAACUACUUUAAUCACCCACUAUUAUAUGGUGUACUUCCAGAAUCAAUCACAAAUCUAAACAUGAACUACUUUGAUCACCCAUUAUCCAACUCUCUAUCAGCACUACAUUCAUUAAAAACACUUUUUUUGGGUAGUUUUAAUCAAGAGAUAUCAAUCCAAACAUUUCCACAUUCAAUCGAAAAAUUAUGGUUUUUUAGUUUUAAUCGAGUUAUAAAACCAAAUGUACUUCCACCAUCAAUAACUGAUCUCCUUUUAUAUGCAUUUAACCAACCACUUUCAGAAGGUGUACCUCCAGAAUCAAUCACUGAUCUACAUAUGAACCACCUUAAUUGCCCAUUAUCCAACUCUCUAUCAACACUACAUUCAUUAAAAAAACUCAAUUUACAAAAAUUUAAUCAAAUUAUAAAACCAAAUGAACUUCCAUCAAUAACUCAACUCAAUUUAGAUGCAUAUAACCACCCACUUUCAAACGGUGUACUUCCAGAAUCAAUCACUUUUCUAAGUAUGGGCAAAUAUAAUCACCCAUUAUCCAACUCUCUAUCAACACUACAUUCAUUAAAAACACUCUUUUUACAAAGUUUUAAUCAAGUUGUAAAACCAAAUGAACUCCCAGAAUCAAUCACUUCAAUAAGUAAAAACUUAGAUCACUCAUUAUCCAACUCUAAACACUAA